AUGGCGAUGAUACCUGCACGUUCAAUCCGCGGCGGCGCGUUCGCGCCUGUCUCCAGAAUCGAGACGUCCCUCCUGAAAUACCGACCUCUGCGACAGCCACAGUUCAACCGCAAUGCAUCAACAUCGACCUCAACACCGGCGGCAACGCCGCCAUCAUCCUCGCGGUCCCUUCACUCAUCCAGCACAACCCGCCAAGCAGGCGCAGCUCUCAACACCACAGCUAUUCCAGGCCCAGCAUUUGAGGGUUCCAUCCCUUCUGACAUGGCCGCUAAGGCACCCUUAUCGGUGCUUCCCUUCAUCACAAUCCUGCGCUCCCUUGCAGUGACCACCAUGUCAUCCUCACCAGUCCUCCUGCCCCCUUCGCUGUCAAUCAUGAGCAUGCUCGCCCACACCACCAACCCGAUCCUGAACCCCGACCGCAACCCUCUUCUGAAGCAACUUAUCAAGAAGACCUUCUACGCCCAGUUUUGUGCGGGCGAACGCGGGCCAGAGGUCAAGGCGACCAUGGCACGUCUCAGGGAUAUCGGGUUCUCGGGCGUUAUUCUGGGUUAUGCUAGGGAGGUGGUCUUGACUCAGAGUCAGCUGAAAAGCCUGGCGACGAAUGGCAUGGACAGUGCGACGGCGCAGGAGUGCAUCCAAAACGAGGUCAUCCCUUGGGCCAAGGGAACGCUGGAGACGGUGCGACUGGCUGAGCCAGGUGACUACGUGGCCUUGAAAUUCACCGGCGCAGGCCGCAAGGCCCUCUGGACCCUGUCCCAGCGCCUGCCCCCGCCAAAGGCCCUCGCCAGCGCCAUCGACGAGAUCUGCACCCUCGCCGCCGAGCGCGGGGUCAGGCUGCUCUUCGACGCGGAGCAGCAGGCCGUGCAGGCGGGCAUCGACGACUGGACGCUCGCGUACAUGCGCAAGUACAACAACACCACGCCGGGCAAGGCCGUCAUCUACGGCACCUACCAGGCCUACCUGAAGGCGACCCCCGCCGUGGUGGCAGAGCACCUACGCGCGGCGCGAGAGGACGGGUUCACGCUGGGCGUCAAGCUGGUGCGCGGCGCGUACCUGGGCAGCGACCCGCGCCACCUGAUCCACGACACCAAGGCCGACACGGACGCGUGCUACGACGGCGUCGCCGAGGCGCUGCUGCGGCGCGAGACACGGGGGCCGCCUUCCCCGGGGGUCAACAUGGUGCUGGCCUCGCACAACGCCGACUCGGUGCGCAAGGCCCGCGCGGUCGUCGACGCGGGCCACCGCGGCACCGAGGUCGCGUUCGCGCAGCUGCAGGGCAUGGCGGACGAGGUGUCGUGCGAGAUCCUGGCGGGCAGGACCGAGGGUAGCGGCAGCAGCAGCAGCAAGGUGGCCGCCGCCGGCGGUGACAAGGACGCCGCGAGCUCGCAGCCCCGCGCGUACAAGUACCUGGUCUGGGGCUCGACGGGCGAGUGCAUGAAGUACCUGCUCCGCCGCGCGCAGGAGAACAAGGACGCCGUGCAGCGGACCAGGGACGGCCGACGCCAUGAGGGCGGAGAUGUGGAGGCGGCUCAAGGGGGUCUUUGGGCUGGCUUAGGUCCAUUUUCGUGCGAGCAGCUUGCGCCGCGGUGA